AGCGAAACCUGAUAGCGUGGCAGGCUGUCGUGACCGAGCCCUCGAGCUGAUGCAAAUCGAUCGGGUGGUCGCUGCUGCACCCCUCGUCGUUCCCAACCAAUCGGCGCUCUGAUUCGCCCAAUUCGUCCAAACUCCUUCCACUGCCGCUCCCGCACAUCUCCCGCCCUGCACCUUCUUUCCCAAAGUUUCCACAGCUGCGCCCAGUGCUCGCUGGCAGAGCAGCGGAACGAUGGAAGACCGAUCGACAACCACCAAACCUACCAUCACCUCUCCACAGUCCACCACGCCGGACAUCAAGUCACCCACUGCCCGGCCCCUUUAUAGCAGCAAGCUUAGCGACCAGCGACCGAGAGCGCCAGAAGCAACAGCGUCGCCCCCUACUGCAGGUUCAAGACAGCCGCCCGUCCAGAAGGCUUGGACCUCCAACAGGAACCCCAUUACCGGUCGGCCGCAGGCCGUGACAAGCUCCCUACGCGAGGGUCAGCGAGUGCGCCUUGUUUUGGCAUCCGGCGCGGAAUUCGAGGGUAUUUAUAGCAACGGCUCAGAGUCGACCAGCUGCCGGUUGUCGAUGGUGCAGCAAAAGAAGCUCCCAAACUCUGCCGAAAUCACGAACGGUCCUCCGCGACGAGAACAGCCCGCCAUGACCUUUCAGCGGAAGGAGAUCGUGGAAGCUCGGGUUGUCUCCAACAACACCAGUAAGAAUGAUGGAAGAGCUCCCAAUGGCAACCGCUCCUCCUUCCGGACCGAUACGGCUAUCUCGAAUGGGCGGUUCGGCAACGAACGGGCUCUGAAGGCGUGGGUUCCCGAUACAGCUUUUGAGGUCGAUGGCUCCCUGGAGAAAUCCAGUGGCACCGGCGCUUGGGACCAAUUCGCCGAAAACGAGCGACUGUUCGGCUUGAAGACGGACUACGACGAGAACAUCUACACCACGGCCAUCGACAAAAGCCACCCACAGUACAAGGAACGGAUGGCGGCUGCGGAAAAGAAGGCGCGCGAGAUUGAGCGGAGUGUUCCGACCACUGCCCACGUUGCUGAGGAGCGUGUUAUGGAUUUCGUGGGCGUAGAUGACCAGAGAGACGAAGAGGAGAGGUACAGCGGUGUGCGCCGACAGGACUUCCCUCAGCCGACGAACCGAGAGAACAAGUACACGCCUCCAGCCCGGCGCGCCCCAACGGGCCAGGCAACUGUGAAAGGCGCUCCUGUCGAUCCUGCUAUCAUCUCGUCGCAGCUGAAGAGCACCCCGACACCGAAGCAGCCGACCCCGCCAGUUGAGCCUAAGACUGCGACUACCGCGGAUAAGCCACCCACACCAGCUACAGACAAGUCCGCAGAGUCAAAGCCAAGCGGGGGCGCAACCGAAGCCAAGGCAUCCGACAGUAAGACGGAUGCCGCAUCAAACGCAAAGGCUGCUGAUGCCAAAGAUGCGGCGCCCGCCCGGCCUUCCCCAGCCACCAGUCGCACCACAUCGCAAGUCAAGGUUGGCGGUGUUCCAAGCGCCACCUCCACUGUCGAACGUGAUGUGCUGGUCUCCUUCAGGACGUUUGCCUCCAGUCAAAGGUUUAUAGCCGAGAAAGUUAGAACCAGCAGGGCAAAGGUUGACAAGGAAGUCAAGUUGACCGAGCUGAAGAAGUUUGCGGAGAGCUUCAAACUCACCACGCCUGUUCCCAAAGACCUGAUUUCCAUCAUCGCAAAGGACCCUGCCAAGCAAAAGCAGAUUCAGGAAAAGGUCCAGCAGAACAUUGAAGAGGUCGCCAGGCAGAAGGAGGCAGCUGCAAAGGAGAAGGAAGUUUCGGCGACAAAGGAGAACCAGGCCAAGCCGGCCACCGAACAUGCGGGCACCUCCAUACCGGCUACGACGGCCGAUUCACGCGCCAGCGCUCGCCCAGCUGCGCCGCAGCACUCGGCAACCGGAAUCCCCGGUCGCCAUCCGGGCCCGCGAUCUUCGUACAAUGGCCCGUCCCAUUAUCAAUACAACCGCAAUAACCGCCCGCCGCCCCAUCUGGCCCCUCAGAACCAGCCGACGGGCAACCUGGCACAGCGGCUUAGGAAUGUUGAGCAGCAAAAGAUGCAGCACCCUCAUAUGGCGCAGCAUCCUCCCCCGGAUAUGCGACUUCCUCCCACCGGUCCUGCCAACGGUGUGGACCCGAGCUUUGGGCGCCGUAUCAGCGGCAUGCCGCCCUCCUACAUGGGUCCGAAGUUGAACCCCAACAGUCACGAGUUCAGGCCGAAUGCUUAUGCCCAGCCAUUUAACCCAGCCAUUCCUAGCCAGGGUUCUUCUCCUCGUUCAUCGGUUAACAAUGUUGUGGAAGCUCCCAUUCCUCCUCCCCCGGCCAAAGGCCAGCUCAUCCGGCGCAAGACAAGGGCGGUGGAUGUCAAGAAGUGCUUCAUCCUGUCGCACAUCGAGACCAUGCAGCCACCUCAGGGUAGGAACUGGGACGACAAUGACGGCCUCAGGCCCUCCUAUGACACCCUCCCGACUUGGCGUCAGCUCCAGGAGGAGGCUGAGGCGCCGGACUCGACCAUGCAUCUUACUUACAACGAGUACUUCGACAAUCUGCCGCGGUCCAACGCCGCAGUCGCCACACCCAACCCAGCCCAUGUCAUCCCCCAAGUUGCGCAUCAGCAUCAGCUUCCGUUCCAUCUGCAACACGGCGUGCAAAACCUGGCACCCCGUCAGUCACCGCAUAUGCCACCGAUGCAGAUGCACGCUGGCCAGCAUGGCCAUGUUCCGCAUGUCUCGUAUAGCGUCCCGGACGACCAUAGGAUGAUGCACUCCAACUCGGCGCAAUCAUUCGCGUCCCCUAGGAUGGGACAGGUCCCCAUGGCGACCUAUCCGCCGACAAUGAAUGCGCCAGCGCAGAUGCCGUAUGGUCAGCCCGUGAUGCCGCCGUACGUGAACGCUGCGCCUCAGAUGGGCCAAUUCGCUCGGAGUUUCUCCCACAACCCGCAAUUCAUCCCCCAGCAACCCCACCACAUGGCGGCACCAAUGAUGAUUCAGCCGCAGUUCAUCUCGGGCCCCAACGGAAUGGUGGCGGCCGGACCCAUGUAUCCCGGUGCUCACCCGCAGUUCAUGCCGGCUGGUGCAGUCCCGCCACAGCCGAUUCCCGGGUCUAACGGGUUUCCCAGCCCUGGCCGGCCGGUAGCGCCGAUGAUGGCGCACCAGGGAUCUCACCAGGGCUCACACCAGGGCCAGCAAGCCGUGUAUGGCAUGAGCCCCGGAAUGGCAUACCAGCAGCCUGCCUACGCGCCGCAGCAACCUCAGGGCAAGUUCUCGGGUCAGCGGCCCCAGUGAACCGCAUGCCGAAGCUGCAGAGGUCGUGUCGUGGCGCCUGUCUACCUGGGUAGCCACCUCCCAACCUACCCAGGAGUUAGAGAGUUGUUCAGUUACCCGCCGUUUUCCGUUGCUUGUCAGGGUUGCUGCCAUCGCCGCCGGCGUUUUUGCUCGAGGUCUUGUCAACCAAGCACGAGCUCGACCUCAUGCCGGUGAGCAAGCAAAACGAAGUAGGACCAAGCGAACUUUAGGCCCCUAGUCGCCUGACGAACAACGUUCCUUUU